AAGCAGGAUCCUGGAGAUAAUUGGUUUAACAUCCCCCUGACGAGCAAGUUUGAUUUAAAUAGUAACGAGGCAGGCACAAAAUCGACUGGCUUCUAGCGACACAGCACAGAGCCUGCCCUACUUCCCCAGCUCCGUUGGACUGAACGCCGGAGGGAAACGGAAACCCCAUCGCUGCUGAGCAAGGUCUGACUCACAGGACAAUGGACACAGCCAGUAGAUUGGAGAGAUACGUCCAUGCUAGGGGAGACAGCCUCCCUCCUGGUGUGAAUGGGGCAGUGAGCUUUGGGGACAGAGCUACAGCGAAUGGGACCACCGCCUUCAGGGAUCCCACUGCUAAGCCCAGGGAGACCACAUCCCAUGAGGACUCCACAGACCCUGGGGAUGGUACAAUCAUACCUGGAGAUGCAGACGCUGCCAUGCUCCAACCUGAAGACAAUGAUGCUUCCAGCGCCACUGCAGACACUGCCACCAUCACCGUCACGCCUGGAGAUGAUGACAGCGCCAGCAUCGACGGACGCAUCAGCUCCAUCCCUGGAGAUGAUGACUCUGCCCCUGGAGACGGAGACAUCAGCCCUGUCCUCGGAGACGGAGAUGCCAGCAUCGCCCCCAGAGACGAUGACAGCUCCAGCACCAACGGAAGCAUCAGUCCCAUCCCUGGAGAUGAUGGUGCCACCCCCCCAAUGGAGACACAGCCAUCACCCCCGGAGACACAGCCAUUGUCCCUGGAGAUGCCACUGUUGCCCCUGGAGACAAAGCCAUCGUCUCUGGAGAUGCCACUGUUGUUCCUGAAGACUCCACCAUCACCCUUGGAGAUGCCAUCGUCACCCCUGGAGAUGGCACCACUGCCCCCAGAGACACUGUCACUCCUGGAGACACAGCUAUUGCUCCUGUUGGUGAUGAUGUCACUGUCCGCGGAGACGCCAGCCCCUGCCCCAGGGACGCUGCCUCUGUAGAUGUCACCACCGCUGUGAGGGAAACCACCGCUGGAGACCUCACCAGCACUGCAGCUCCUGGAGACAUCAUCACCUCCCCCUCUGGGGCCACCCCUAUGCCUGGAGAGAUGGUUAUCUCUAGAGACACCACCCCGGCUAAGCCGACCAUUCCCAGCCAGCUCAGCCCUCUGGGGCAGCCUGGCACGCCUAGGGACAGUGGCAUCCCCAGGGAGACCACCACUUCUGCUGUGGCCAUCAGUCCUGCAGCCAGUGUGACCCAUGGUUGGAUCACUCCCUUUGGGGGCACAGAGACCCCAGGCCGGGGCACCCAAGGGAGCCUCACUGUUUCCAGAGAGAUCACCACAGCCCCUGGAGACUCCACCAGCACCGGAGAUACCACAGCUGUCACCAUUAUCUCAAGAGACACCGUUGCUUCCGCCGCCCUUGGAGACAACACCACCGUUUCUGGAGGAGACACCGACAACAUCGUUGCCUGCCCUGGAGAUGCCGCCAAUGCCCUCCGAGACUCCAACACCUCCCUUGCCACCCCUAGUGACACCACCACCUCUGGAGACGCUGGUGCUGCUGCCUCUGGAGACGCCAGCACCACUGAAGCUGGAGACACAGGAGUUACUACCACUGCCUCUGGAGACAAAACCACCACUGCCAUCCUUGGAGACACAACAGCCCCUGGAGGUGCCACUGCCCCUAGAGACACCAUCAUCCCUGAAGAUAGCAUAGUCCCUGGAGAUGUCACAAUCAACACCACAAACCCUGGAGAUGCUAUCGUCCCUAGAGACCCCAUCCCCACUACCAGCACUGCCCCUGGAGAUGCUACACUCCCUGGAGAUACCAUCACCACCAUCACUGUCACCCCUGGAGAUGCUGAAGUCCCUGAAGACUUCAAAAUCCCUGGAGAAACCACCACCAACACCUGUGGAGACACCAUAAACCCUGGAGAUACCACCACCACUGCUGCUGCCCCCAGAGAUACCACAGUCUCUGGAGACAUCACCACUACUACCAUCCCUGGAGACACCACACACCCGAGUGACACCACCACUGCUGCCCCUGAAGAUGCUGCAGUACUUGGAGACACCACCACCACCAUAGCCACCCCUAGAGACGCUGCAGUCCCUAGAGAUGCCACCACCAUCACUGCCACUGCUAAAGAUGCAGCAGUCUCUGGAGACUCCACCAUCACCACCAACACUGCUCCUGGAGACACCAUCACCAUCACCAUCACUGCUGCCCCUGGAGAUGCUGCAGUCCCUGGAGACACCACCACCACUGUCACUCCUGGAGAUGCGGCAGUCCCUGGAGACACCACCGCCACCCCUGGAGAUGCAACUGCCCCUGGAGAUGCCACCACCAUCACUGCCCCUUCUGAAGAUGCAGCAGUCUCUGGAGACUCCAUCAUCACCACCAACACUGCUCCUGGAGACACCAUCACCAUCACCAUCACUGCUGCCCCUGGAGAAACUGCAGUCCCUGGAGACACCACCACUGUCAGCCCUGGAGACAACGACAUCCCUGGAGACACCACCACCUCCUCCCCAGGAAAUGCCACCACCAUCACCACCCCUGCUGAAUAUGUGGCAGUCUUUGGAGACCCCAUCACCACUACCAACACUGCCCCUGGAGACACCACCACUGCUGCCCCUGGAGAUGCUGCAGCCCCUGGAUACACCCCCACCGUCCCUGGAGACACUGAAAUCCCUGGAGACACCAUCACCACUGCCCCUGGAGAUGCUGCAAUCUAUGGAGACACCAUCACCACCACUGCCCCUGGAAAUGCUGCAAUUCCUGGAGACACUACCACUGCCCCUGGAGAUGUUGCAAUCCCUGGAGACACCACCACUGCCCCUGAAGACACUGAAAUCCCUGGAGAUACCAUCACUACCACUGCCCCUGGAGAUGAUGCAAUCCCUGGAGACACCACCACCAUCCCUGGAGACACUGAAAUCCCUGGAGACACCAUGACCACCUCUGCCCCUGGAGAUGUUGUAAUCCCUGGAGACACUGCCACUGCUGCUGCCCCCGGAGAUGCAGCAAUCCCUGAUGACACCACAGCUGCCCCUGGAGACGCUGCAAUCCCUGGAGACACCACCGCCGCCGCUGCCCCUAGAGAUGCUGCAAUCCCUGAAGACACCACCACCGCCCCUGGAGAUGCUGCAAUCGCUGGAGACACCACCAUCGCUGCUGCUCCUGGAGAUGCUGCAAUCCCUGGAGACACCACCACUGCCGUUGCCCCCGGAGAUGCUGCAAUCCCUGGAGACAUCACCACCACCGCCCCUGGAGACGCCACCUCCAUCACCGCCACCUCUGGAGAUGCAGCAGUCCCCGGAGACACCACCACCACCACUGCCACCCCUCGAGACAGCACAGGCUCUGGAGAUGUUGCCACCACUGGUGCUUCCAGAGACCUUGUGGUUCCUAGAGUUUUCACCAUCACCCCUGACCCUGGAAACAUCACCACUACUACCAUACCUGGAGACACUGAUGCCCCUGGAUAUGACAAUUACUUUGCUGACACACUUGAAGACACCACCUUCAUCACCGUCCUUGUAGAUACCACAGUUCCUAGAGUCAUUGGCACCACUGCUUCCCAUGGAGACACCCCCAUGGAUCCUGGAGACACCACCACCGCCAUGCCUGGAGACGCUACAGUCCCUGGAGACACCACCACCGCCAUGCCUGGAGACGCUACAGUCCCUGGAGACACUACCACCGCCAUGCCUGGAGACGCUACAGUCCCUGGAGACACCACCACCGCCAUGCCUGGAGACGCUACAGUCCCUGGAGACACCACCACCGCCAUGCCUGGAGACCCUACAGUCCCUGGAGAGACCACCAGUGCCACCCCUGUAGAUAGCACAGUCCCUGAAGACAUCAGCACCACUGCUGCCCAGGGAGACACCCCCACAGUCCCUGGAGACACCAACCCCGAUGGCCCCGGAGGCACCACUGUCCCUGGAGAUGCAGCUGCCACCACAGAUGAUGCUGGAGAUGCAACCGUCCCUGGAGCUUUCCCAGUCCCUGGAGACGUUCCUGCCACCACAGAUGGCACCAGAGAUGGCACUGAUACCCCUGGAGACACUGCUACUGCUGCCCUUGGUGAUGAUGGGGAUGAUGCCCAUGGAGGCGACACUGCAGCCACCACCCCUGGAGAUGAUCAUGAUGCCCCAGGAAACACCAGGGCCCCCAGAAAGUCCAUCAUCCCCGGUUGUCUGCUAUGUGAAGGUCAUUACCAUCAGCUCUGCCGCCUUAAUGGAGUCAGUGGCGAGUUCAUUUCCUUGAGGUCCUUCUUUGGGGUGGUACCCCCUGAUCCCCAAUAUGCCACCUCGGGAGGGGGGCUUGGGGUGAGUUGCCCACAUGGGCUGCAGUGGAAUAUGAGGAAGACACUCAUCUAUUCUACACUUCCCAGGCUGUGGAAUCUAGAGCAGAAACCUAACGGGAAGCUGGAACCAGCCCCACGUUCCCAAGGCCGGGACAGUCGAGCUAUGCAAUACGCAGAAAAUGGGGGGGUAGGUGAUGGGCUGCUGCAGGGACCAGGAUCCACCACAUCCCCUCCCCCGGGCACCGUGACUGGAACUGACACGUCCCCUCCCCCGGGCACCGUGACUGGAACUGACACGUCCCUUCCCCCGGGCACUGUGACUGGAGCCGCCACUUCCCCUCCCCUGGGCACCGUGACCAGAGCCGCCACCUCCCCUCCCCUGGGCACCAUGACCAGAGACGCCACGUCCCCUCCUCUGGGCUCCGUGACCAGAGCCGCCACGUCCCCUCCUCUGGGCACUGUGACCAGAGCUGCCACGUCCCCUCCCCCGGGCACUGUGACCGGAGCCGCCACGUCCCCUCCUCUGGGCACCAUGACCGGAGCCGCCACGUCCCCUCCUCCAGGCACUGUAACUGGAACCGCUACAUCCCCUCCCCUGGGCACCGAGACCAGAGCCGUUACGUCCCCUCCCCUGGGCACCAUGACCAGAACUGCCAUAUCCCCUCCCCAGGGCACCAUAACUGGAAUCACCAUCUCCCUUUCCCUGGGCACCACGACCGGAGCCACUACCUCCCCUCCCCUGGGCAACAUGACUGGAGCUGCCGCCUCCCCUCCCCAAGGCAACAUGACUGGAGAUGCCACGUCACAUCCACAGGGCACCACGACUGGAGAUGCCACGUCCUAUCCACAGGGCACCACGACCGGAGAUGCCACAUCCCCUCUCCAGGGAACCACAACCAGAGCCGCUACGUCCCCUCUACUGGCCACCAUGACCGGAGCCACCAUGUCCCCUCCCCAGAGCGCCGUGACCAGAGACACUACAUCCUGUCCAUCGGGCACCGGAACCAGAGAUGUCACGUCCCCUCCCAUGGGCACUGCGAUUGGAGCCACCAUGUCCCCUCCCCAGGGCACCAUGACCGGAGAUGCCACGUCCCCUCUCCAGGGCGCUGUGACCGGAGCCACUGUCUCCCCUGCUGACUCCACUUCGACUGCUCCAGCUCUCACCACCCGAGACGUCGCUACGUCUGCAGUUGCCACCAGGACCCCCUCAGCUCGCAACACCCCUGAUGCCAGCACAUCCCUAGCCCCCAGAACCGCAGCUCCACCCAGCAUUGGGGCAACUUCCACCACGACAGGUACAAAUCAGAGCCCAAGCACAUCCAGCACCACCUCUAGCAAGGCCACCGUCACCUCCAGCUCUGCUGCCACCGUGAGCCCCAGUUCCACUCCCCCUGAGACCCUCAACACCGCUGGCACCGCAAACCCCAGCUCUGUGGCCACCACGACCUCCAACUCUGCUGCCCCCGUGAGCCCCAGCGCCACUCCCACUGAGACCCCCAGCACCUCUCCCACUGCAACCCCCAGCUCCACUCCCCCUGAGACCCAAAGCUCCUCUCCCAGUACAAGCCCCAGCUCCACUUCCACUUCCACCCCCAGCUCCUCUCCCAGUGCAAUGCCCAGCUCCGCUGCCACCUCAACCACCAGUUUCUCUCUCACUGAGACCUCCAGCUCCCCUGCUGCCUUGACCCCCAGCUCCGAUGCCACCACAACUGACAACUCCACUCCCACCACAAACCCUAGCUCCACUCCCACCACAACCGACAACUCAACUCCCUCCUCAACCCCCAGCUCCAUAGCCACCAUGACAGACAACUCCACUCACACCUCCACCCCCACCACGACUGACAAUUCCACUCCCACCUCAACCCCCACCUUCACCCCGACCACGACCGACAACGCCACUCCCACCUCAACCCCCAUCACCACCCCCGACACGACCAACAGCACCACUCCUCCUUCAACCCCCAGUUCCACUACCACAACGAGUGACAAUUCCUCUCCCACCUCCAUCCCCACCUCCACUCCCACCACGACAGACAAUUCCACUCCCAUCUCAACCCUCAGUUCCACCCUCACCAUGACUGACAACUCCACUCCCACCACAAACCCUAACUCCACUCCCACCACGACCGACAACUCAACUCCCUCCUCAACCCCCAGCUCCAUAGCCACCAUGACAGACAACUCCACUCACACCUCCACCCCCACCACGACUGACAAUUCCACUCCCACCUCAACCCCAAGCUCCACUCCCACUAAGACUGACAACUCCACUCCCACCUCAACCCCCACCUUCACCCCGACCAGGAGCGACAACUCCACUCCCAACUCAAACCCCAGCUCCACUCCUACAACAACUGACAACUCCACUCCCACCUCAACCCCCAUCACCACCCCCGACAUGACCAACAGCACCACUCCUCCUUCAACCCCCAGUUCCACUACCACAACGAGUGACAAUUCCACUCCCACCUCCAUCCCCACCUCCACUCCCACCACGACAGACAAUUCCACUCCCAUCUCAACCCUCAGUUCCACCCUCACCAUGACUGACAACUCCACUCCCACCACAAACCCUAGCUCCACUCCCACCACGACCGACAACUCAACUCCCUCCUCAACCCCCAGCUCCAUAGCCACCAUGACAGACAACUCCACUCACACCUCCACCCCCACCACGACCGACAAUUCCACUCCCACCUCAACCCCAAGCUCCACUCCCACUAAGACUGACAACUCCACUCCCACCUCAACCCCCACCUUCACCUCGACCAGGACCGACAACGUCACUCCCAACUCAACCCCCAGCUCCACUCCCACAACAACCGACAAAUCCACUCCCACCUCAACCCCCAUCACCACCCCCGACACGACCAACAGCACCACUCCUCCUUCAACCCCCAGUUCCACUACCACAACGAGUGACAAUUCCACUCCCACCUCCAUCCCCAUCUCUACUCCCACCACGACAGACAAUUCCACUCCCAUCUCAACCCUCAGUUCCACCCUCACCAUGACUGACAACUCCACUCCCACCUCAACCCCCAACACUACCCCCACCAUGACCAACAAUUCCACUCCCACCACGACCGACAAUUCCACUCCCACCUCAACCCCCAGCUCGACUCCCACCACUACAGACAAUUCCACUCCCGCCUCAAACCUCAGUUCCACUACCACUAUGACCGACAGCUCCACUUCUACCUCAACCCCCAACAUCACCCCCACCCCGACCGACAAUUCCACUCCCACCGCAGCUCCCAGCUCCACCCCCACCACCACCGACAACUCCACUCCCACCUCAAUCCCCAACACUACCCCCACCACAACAGACAAUUUCACUCCCACCUCAAACCCCAGCUCCACCCGCACUACGAGCGACAACUCCACUCCCACCACAACUCCCAGUUCCACUCCCCCCAGCACUGACAACUCCACUCCUACUUCAACCCCCAGCUCCACUCCCACCACAACUGACAAUUCCACUCCCACCUCAACCCCCAGCUCGACUCCCAUCACGACCGACAAUUCCACUCCCACCUCAACUCCCAGUUCCACUCCCCCCACCACUGACAACUCCACUCCUAACUCAACCCCCAGCUCCACUCCCACCACAACUGACAAUUCCACUCCCUCCUCAACCCCCAGCUCCACACCCACAACAGACAACUCCGCUCACACCUCCACCCCCACCACGACCGACAAUUCCACUCCGACCUCAACCCCAAGCUCCACUCCCACUAAGACUGACAACUCCACUCCCACCUCAACCCCCACCUUCACCCCGACCAGGAGCGACAACUCCACUCCCAACUCAAACCCCAGCUCCACUCCUACAACAACCGACAACUCCACUCCCACCUCAACCCCCAUCACCACCCCCGACAUGACCAACAGCACCACUCCUCCUUCAACCCCCAGUUCCACUACCACAACGAGUGACAAUUCCACUCCCACCUCCAUCCCCACCUCCACUCCCACCACGACAGACAAUUCCACUCCCAUCUCAACCCUCAGUUCCACCCUCACCAUGACUGACAACUCCUCCCCCAGCUCAACCCCCAACACCACCCCCACCACGACCGACAAUUCCACUCCCACCUCAACCCCCAGCUCGACUCCCACCACGACCGACAACUCCACUCCCACCUCAAACCCCAGCUCCACCCCUAGUAUGAGCGACAACUCCACUCCCAGCUCAACCCUCAGUUCCACCCUCACCAUGACUGACAACUCCACUCCCACCUCAACCCCCAACACUACCCCCACCAUGACCGACAAUUCCACUCCCACCUCAACACCCAGCUUGACUCCCAUCACCACAGACAAUUCCACUCCCACCUCAAACCUCAGUUCCACUACCACUAUGACCGACAGCUCCACUUCCACCUCAACCCUCAACAUCACCCCCACCACGACUGACAAUUCCACUCCCACCUCCACCCCCACCACGACCGACAACUCCACUCCCACCUCAAACCCCAGCUCCACUCCCACCAUGACCGACAACUCCACUCCCACCCCCACGUCCACUCCCACCACAACUGACAAUUCCACUUCCACCUCAAACCCCAGCUACACUCCCACCAUGACCGACAACUCCACUCCCACCUCCACCCCCAGUUCAACUCCCACCAUGACCGACAACUCCACUCUCACCUCAAUCCCCAGUUCUACCCUCACUACAAUCGACAACUCUACUCCCACCUCAUCCUCCACCUCCACCCCGACCACAACCGACAACUCCACCCCCACCUCAAGCCUCAACCCCAGCCCCACCAUAACCGACAACUCCUCUCCUCCUUCAACCCCCAGCUCCUCUCCCACCAUGACCAACAACUCCACUCCCACCUCAACCCCCAGUUCCACUCCCACCAUGACCAACAACUCCACUCCCACCUCAACCCCCAGUUCCACCCCCACCACGACUGAAAAUUCCACUCUCACAUCAACAUCCAGCUCCACCCCAACCACAACCAACAACUCCACCCCAACCACAACCACUAGCUCCACACCCACCACGACCCCCAACUCCACUGCAAUCAUGAACCCCAGCUCUGCCCCCACCAUAACCAACAACUCCACUCCCACCUCAACCCUCAGCUCCACUCCCACCAUGACCGACUUCACCCCCACCUCAACCCCGAGCUCCACCCUCACUAUGACUGACAAUUCCACUCCCACCUCAGCCCCCAUCAUGACUAACAGCACCACUCCUUCCUCAACCCCUAGCUCCACUCCCACCACAACCGACAACUCCACUCCCACCUCAACCCCCAGCUCCACCCCCACCACCACAGUCAACUUCACACCAACCUCAACCCCCAGCUCCACCCCCAUCAUGUCCGACAAUUCCACUCCCACCUUAACCCCCAGCUCCACUCCCACAACCCCCAGCUCCACUCCCACCACAACUGAGAACUCCACUCCUACCUCCACAACCGACAACUCCACUCCCACCUCAACCCCCAGCUCCCAUCCCACCAUGAGCAACAAUUCCACUCCCGCCUCAACCCCCACCUCCACCCCUACCACUACCAACAACUCCACUCCCAACUCAACCCCCAGCUCCACUCCCUCCUCAACCCCCAUCACAACCCUCGACAUGAGCAACAGCACCACUCCUCCCUCAACCCUCCUUUCCACUCCCACCACGAGUGACAACUCCACUCCCACCCCCACCUCCACUCCCACCACGACUGACAAUUCCACUCCCACUUCAAACCCCAGCUCCACUCCCACCAUGACCGCCAACUCCACUCCCACCCCCACCUCCACUCCCACCACGACUGACAAUUCCACUCCCACCUCAAACCCCAGCUCCACUCCCACCAUGACCGACAACUCCACUCCCACCUCCACCCCCAGUUCAACUCCCACCAUGACCGACAACUCCACUCCCACCUCAACCGCUAAUACCACCCCCACCAUAACCGACAACUCCACUCCCACGUCAACCUCCAUAUCCACUCUCACCAUAACCAACAACUCCACUCCCAUCUCAAUGCCCAGCUCCACUCCCACCACGACCAACUCCACACCCACCUCAACCCCCAGUUCUACCCUCACUACAAUCGACCACUCUACUCCCACCUCAACUUCCACCUCCUCCCCGACCACAACCAAUAACUCCACCCCCACCUCAACCCUCAGCUCCAGCCCCACCACAACCAACAACUCCACUCCUCCUUCAACCCCCAGCUCCUCUCCCACCACGACCAACAACUCCACUCCCACCUCAACCCCCAGUUCCACCCCCACCACGACCGACAAUUCCACUCUCACAUCAACGUCCAGCUCCACCCCAACCACAACCAACAACUCCACCCCAACCAGUGCCACAACCACUAGCUCCACACCCACCACGACCCCCAACUCCGCUGCAGUCAUGAACCCCAGCUCCACCCCCACCACAACCGACAACUCCACUCCCACCUCAACCCUCAGCUCCACUCCCACCAUGACCAACUUCACCCCCACCUCAACCCCGAGCUCCACCCUCACUAUGACUGACAACUCCACUCCCACAUCAACCCCCACCCUGAGCACAAUCGACAACUCCACCCGAGUGGGUGCCACAACCCCCAGCUCCACCCCCACUGUGACCAAAAACUCCACCCCCACCGUGACCCCCAGCUCCACUCCUACCUUUACUCCCAGUUCCACCCCCACCACAAGCUUCAACUCCACCCCCACCACAACCGACAACUCCACUCCCACCUCAACCACCAGCUUCAUGACCCCCAACUCCACUGCAAUCAUGAACCCCAGCUCACCUGACACUUCAACCCUCAGCUCCACUUCCACCUCAACCUCCAGCUCCCCUGACACCUUGACCUACAGCUCCACUGGGAUCCUCAGCUCCACAGGCUCCUCAACCCCCAAUUCUGCUGCCACCUCAACCCCCAGCUCUGCUGCCACCUCGACCCCCAGCUCCACAGGCAGCUCAAUCCCAAAUUCUGCUGCCACUUCGAUCCCCAGCUCCAUAGGCACCUUGACCCCCAGCUCCGUUUCCAGAGCUACCAGCUCUGCUACAAUCUCUCCACAAUCUACAGUCACUAUUUCCAAGAAUACUGGGCAUCCUACUUCUUCUGGGUCUCCUGCAGUCACGCCCACCCCCUCUGUUGUCAGCUCUGCAAGUUCACCUAGCUCCAGCACUUCUGGUGUCCCAGCCUCAUCUGCUCCCACCCUGGGUUCCAUCCCAACUAGCAGAGAUACGACUUCUUCUGGCCCACCAGCUACUGGACCAACCACCUCACCCAGUCUACAUGAAUCCACAACACCUUCAGGGUCUGGCGCUACCACCUCAUCUCUUGAGACCGUUUUUGUCACCUCACAGACCACAGCCUCUCCGGAUAGCAGCGCCCUCCCCUACUGGGCCAUCAUCCUCAUUUGCCUGGCCGCGCUGAUCCUGCUGACUUUCUGCUCUCUGUUGGUGUUUCUCCUAAAGUCGAGGCUGGCUGACGCCACCUCCUACUCCGUUCAGAAGGCUCAUCAAUUUCUCCAGAACCAGAGCUGACGCAAUCACAGUUGAGGGAAAAAUGGGCCAUCCAGAACCCUUGACUACAGCCACCCACAAGGGGGCUGCUCUGAUCCGGCACGCCUGGGCUAAUCCAGAGCCACUACACUCAUUAUUGAGCUGAGAAAGCCAGUAUUAAUCCUUAGCUGCCAGAUGAACAUAUGCUGCUCUCUGGGGGGCAGCGGUGGGAUGGAGCUUCGGUCCCCUUCUGGGACCAGGGAACACAGAUCAGUGGAAUCUACACCGAGAAACACAAGCAUCCUAUGGUCUGUUCACUCAUUAGGUGGCACCCAGAAGAAAGGAACAAAUCAAAAAAAGAUGGAUGGCUAUCGAAUGGGCUGGAUAGUGGUGGAGUUGUCCAGUGGUUAGCGCACAGGACUCCUGUCUUCUAUCACCCGUUGUGGGAGUGAAGUGGGGUCUAGCAGGUUGAGCAGGGGGAGCCAGGACAUCUGGGUUUUAUUCCUCUGACUGCACAGCAUCCAUUGAACAAAUAUUUUCUUUGCUGGUCUGCACUGCUGUAUUUCUGUGACCUCUUCAUAGCAGGGCCUGUCUCUCUCUCUGUGUCUGGGCAGCGCCCGACACAACAGGGCCCUGAUUUCAGCUGGGGGAG